AUGGCGGAGAUUAUAAGAAAAGCUAUAAAAGCGUACAAUAUUGUUUUCUACGACUGGACAGACCCAAGAACAAACUCUUGGUUUCUCGUCGCAAAACCAUACGAGGGACUUAUUCUGCUUGGCCUCUACUUAUUUUUCGUUCUUAAAUUGGGACCUAAAUGGAUGAAGAAUCGGGCGCCUUUCAAUGUAAACAAAUUGAUGAUAGCGUAUAAUAUACUACAGGUCUUCUUGUGCGCAUAUAUAUUUGUAGAAGCAACUAAGGCGUGGGGACAGUACAAGUUAUUCUGUGAGCCUAUCGACUAUUCGGAAAGCAAAGAUGCUUUGAACGCGGUGAACAUUACCUACUUAUAUUAUAUAUCGAAAUUAUUGGAUCUUAUAGACACGAUCUUCUUUGUUUUGCGGAAGAAGUUCAGCCAAAUAUCUUUUCUUCACGUAUAUCACCAUACUGGUAUGGUCAUGCUCAUUUGGGGAGGAAUCACUUAUUUGCCUGGUGGACAUGGCACUUCCGUUGGAUUGAUUAACUCCUUCGUCCACGUCGUUAUGUACUCGUAUUACUUGUUAACGAUUGUUUUUCCACAAGUAAAGUAUUCUUUAAGGUGGAAAAAAUAUGUUACUCAAAUACAAAUCAUUCAAUUCUUCUUAUGUGUAGUUCAUAUAGGAUCUCUAGUUUUUAUACCGGAUUGCGCGUAUCCGCGAUGGGUAGUCACCGUAUUUCUUCCACAAAAUCUCUUCAUGCUUGUACUAUUUGUAGAUUUUUAUAUCAAAACUUAUAUCAAGAAACCCAAAGAGAAUAUAUUAGUUAUAAGCACAAAAACAAAUGGAACCAAGGAAAACAUAGAAUGUUAUAGCAACAAUGAGAAGACAGGAGAUCUGCAAUUCCAUGUUGACCGAAUUGAUGAUUCAAAAUUACUUUUAAGAAAAGUAAAUCAAUCUGAAAAAUAUUGUAAGGUU